AUGAUCCUCAUGCCACCAGACGGAUUCAGGUUUGCUGCUGCUGCUGCCAAGUUUGCUGCGGUCCUCUCCAGGGUCUUGGUACCUCAGCCGCCGCGCAAGCCAGAAGCAGCAGCAGCAGCAGCAGACACGCGGUCAGACGAGGGCGAUCAGGUCCCCCCCACUCCUGCUGCUGCUGCUGCUGCUGUUGCUGCUGCAGACAGCAGUGAAGAAGCGCGGGGGCAUUUGAGGCUUGCAGAUAGCACUCAUGAUUCUGCAAACUCCUCAGCAGCAGCAGAAGCAACAGCAGCAGCAGGAACAGGCACAGCAGCAACAGCUGCAACAGCAGCAACAGCAGCAGCUGCAGAAGAACCAGCAGCACCAGCAGCUACAACGGCAGCAACAGAAGCAGCACCAUUGCCAUCGCUGGCAACUCCACUGGAAGCAGCAGCAGCGAUAAGGUCAGCAAGAGCAGCAGCAGAUGUAACAGCAGCAGCAGCAGCAGCAGCAGCAGCGAAUGGAGGCAAGUGGGGCCCAAAAGACGAUGAGGCCUUUGCCCAGCUGCGCCGCGCUGUAAUUCAGGUGCUGAGAACAGCAGCAACUCAUUUGCUGCAGCCCAUAUUUAAUAACAAGCUCCCAGGUGCAGCAGCAGCAGCAACAGCUGUGCCUUCGGAGGCAGCUGCAGCAGCAAGGUCCGCUGCAGCGUCAGCAGCAGCAGCAGCAGCAGCAGCGCCUGCAGCAGCAGCAAGCGAAAGGGUUCCUGCUGCCAGCAGCGCAGGUGCUGCUUACCUGCAGGAGGCCCUCAGCAACGCCGUUGCUGCUCUUCGGGGAAAAGAGGAGAGUUUUAUGGAAUUGGAAAAAGAAAAUAAAUUAAAUUUAAAAAAAGAAAUUGAAUUGAAAUCAAAAACAGAAACUCUGGAAGCAGCAGAAGAACUCGAGCUGCUGCGCGUGCUGCUGCUCUUCGCCGCGCAGCCGCAGCUAGCCAACUUCCUUUGCUGCUGCAGCACAUUUUGCUGCCUCAUUUUCAGGUGUAUAGGCAGCUCUCCGGGCCCCACAGAGGCAGAGGCGAGCAGCAGCAAAGCCCUGCAGCAGGCAGGCGCAGCAGCAGAGCAGCAGCACCCCGCAGCAGCAGCAGCAGCAGCAGCGGCAGCAGCAGGAAGUGCCUUGAGCCCCACACACAUUUGGUGGACGCGCCAGGAGCUCGUGCUGCAGCUGCUGCUGCUGCUGCUGCAGCACUGCCCCUCGGGGCCCCGCGGGGGCCCCGAAGGGCGCCGUUUGCUGCUGCAGGGGCUGUCUCUUUGGCUGCAGCAGCUGCUGCUGCCAGCACCUUCGCUGCGGCAAAGAGCAGCAAGAAAUGAUUUAAUUUCGGUGCUGCUGCUGGCAGCAAACCGGCCUUUGCUGCUGCCCUUCUUCCCCCCCAGCGGCGUCCUUUGCCAGCUGCUGCGCUUUGCCACUUUUGGCGCUGCACUAGCUGCUUCAAAGCCUGCUGCUGCUGCUGCUGCUGCUGCUGCUGCUCCUGCUCCUGCUGUUGCGGACUGCCAGGGCGAGGCGCCGGGAUGCACCAGCAGCAGAAACAGCAGCAGCAGCUGCAACAGCAACAGCAGCACCAGCAACGACAGCAGCAGCAGCGGCAGCAGCGGCAAGACACUCCAGGCCCUCGCCGACUGUACAGACACCAGAAGACACGAGCUGUUUGCUGCUGCUCCGUGGAGGUUUUCAGCAAAUCAGCUGAAGGUGUUGUCUUCUACAGCACUUUGCUGCCUAGGAGAAGUGGCAGUGCUGUGUCCUGCUGCUGUUGUUGCUGCUGGGGGCGCUGCUGCGUUGCUGCGGGUUGCUGCAGCAGCUGCUGCUGCAGGAGACACAGACGCUUGUGCUGGGGCCCUGCAGCAGGGGCUAGCUCUGCUCUACCCCACAACAGCAGCAGCAGCAGCAGCAGCAGCAGACAGAAACAGCAACUGGGCACAAGCUCGUGAGGCGUUCAUCGAGGCAGGGGCUCUGCAGCAGCUGCUGACUCUGCUGCGGAAACUUAUGGAGCAGCAGCAGCAAAAGCAGCAGGAGCAACAACAGAAGCAGCAGCAGCAGCAGCAGCAAAAGCAGCAGCAGCUGCAGCAGCAGAAGCAGAAAAGAACAGCUGGACGCUAUGAUGAACCUCUUGCGGCUGCAAGACGCGGCAGCAACAGCAGCAGCAGCAGCAGCAACAACAGCAGCAGCCCUUGUGCUGAGUCGCAUUCGUCUUCAGGUGUCAGUACACCUGAAAUGAUUUGCUGCUGCAACGCCUGGCUGCUUCUGUCUCGUUUGUGUGAAGGAGACACAAAAGCUGCUGCUGCUGUUGCUGCUGCUGACGGUUUGCUGCUGCUGGCGAGCUGGCUGCAGCAGCAGCUGCCCCCGGGGGCUUCCUGCACAGCCGCAGCAGCAGCAACAGCAGCAGCAGCUGCUGCUGCUAAUGCUGCUGCCUCGCUCUUCAGCUGCGCUGCAGCAGCAGCAGUACGAGCUCUUGCUGCUUCCAGCGAGGAGGCAGCAGCAGCUUUUGCUGCUGCUGGCGGAAUGGCUGCACUUGCUGCAGCAAUAGCACACACUCCCCGCAGGCAUCUGCAGCCGGUAAGCCCCCAAAGACAGCUAGCUAGCUAG